GAUUAUUCUGACACUGAAAAUGAGCCAAAAAGUGAAUAUAAAAAAGGAGGAUAUCAUCCAGUAAAUUUAGGAGAUCGAAUUGGUAAUGAUAGAUAUAUUAUUAUUCAUAAAUUGGGAUGGGGAUAUUUUAGUACUGUAUGGUUGUGUUAUGAUUAUGUUGAAAAGGUCUUUAGAGCUAUCAAGAUUCAAAAGAGUUCUAAAGAUUUUACUGAUGCUGCACAGGAUGAAAUCAAGUUAUUGAAUCAUGUUAUGGUGAAAUAUAGAGAACUCAAUCAAGUGGAUGGUAAUGUUAAUUAUAGCAAUUUAAGGAUUGUUGGCAUGUUUGAUAAUUUUGUAGUGAGAGGAAAUAAUGGAACACAUAUGAGUAUGGGAUUUGAAGUGAUGGGUUCUAACUUGUUAAAAUUGAGCGAACAAUUUGAUUUUAAGGGAAUUCCACUUGAUAUUGUCAAGACUAUUAUGAGAGAUGUUUUAAAAGGAUUGGAUUUCUUACAUACUCAAUGUAAAAUUAUUCACACAGAUAUUAAACCUGAAAAUAUUCUCAUUGAAGAAUCAUUACAAGAAUUGGAAGAAAAAGUCUCAAUCCUUGAAAAGGAAGGUAAAAUCUCUGAAGAUGGUUGUAAUGCUCCAAAGUUUGAGAAUUUACCAAAGAAUGAACAAAUUGAUUUGACUAAUGUUCGAGUUAAAAUUGCUGACUUUGGUAAUUCUUGUUUUACAGAUCUUAAAAUUACUGAUGAAAUUCAAACUAGACAAUACAGAGCUCCUGAAGUUAUUAUUGGUGCCAAAUAUUUCACAGCAGCUGACAUUUGGAGUGCUGGAUGCAUGGCUUAUGAAUUAGCAACUGGAGUCUUUUUAUUCGAUCCACAACCAGGUAAGAAGUAUACCAGAGAGGACGAUCACUUGGCUCUCAUUAUGGAAACUCUUGGAGCAUUCCCUCAUGAAUUCAUUUCGAGAGGUUCUCGUUCCACUAAAUUCUUCUCCUCUAAGGGUGAUUUGAUUCGUAUCAAGAAACUCAAACAACGAUCCAUUCAACAGAAUCUCUCGGAAAAGUAUGGCCUCACAGAUCAGGCCGCUAAGGAUUUUACUGAUUUCCUUCUUCCCAUGUUGGAAAUUGCACCAGAGAAGAGAGCCACUGCUCAACAAAUGCUUAAACAUCCAUUCUUGAAAGAA